CGCCCCUCCGGCCGCGGGCAUGAAGCCCCGAGCCUGAAGAUGGAAGUGGCCUGCCUUCUGCUCCUGGCACUGCUGCUGCCUGGGCACGGACGGGGGCAAGGAGUGUACGCUCCAGCCCAGGCCCAGAUUGUCCACGCUGGCCAGGCGUGUGUGGUCAAAGAGGACAACAUCAGCGAGCGUGUCUACACCAUCCGUGAGGGGGACACCCUGGUCCUUCAGUGCCUGGUCACGGGACACCCCCGGCCCCAGGUGCGGUGGACCAAGACAGCGGGCAGUGCUUCGGAUAAGUUCCAGGAGACGUCGGUGUUCAAUGAGACCCUGCGCAUCGAGCGCGUGGCUCGCACCCAGGGCGGCCGCUACUACUGCAAAGCGGAGAACGGGGUCGGGGUCCCCGCCAUCAAGUCCAUCCGAGUAGAUGUGCAGUACCUGGACGAGCCGGUUCUGACGGUGCACCAGACGGUGAGCGAUGUGCGGGGCAGCUUCUACCAGGAGAAGACGGUCUUCCUCCGCUGCACCGUCAACUCCAACCCCCCAGCUCGCUUCAUCUGGAAGCGGGGGGCCGAGACCCUCUCCCACAGCCAGGAUAACGGCGUCGACAUCUACGAGCCCCUGUAUACCCAGGGGGAGACCAAGGUGCUGAAGCUGAAGAACCUGCGGCCCCAGGACUACGCCAGCUAUACCUGCCAGGUGUCCGUGCGCAAAGUCUGCGGCAUCCCUGACCGCGCCAGAACCUUCCGCCUCACCAACACCACCGCGCCGCCCGCCCUGAAGCUGUCAGUGAACGAGACCUUGGUGGUCAAUCCCGGGGACAACGUGACGAUCGUCUGCUCUCUGACGGCGGGCGACCCCGUGCCCCGGCUGGUCUGGUCCCACGCCCCGGGCCCAAUGCCACCCAGCAUCCUCCACCAAGGCGGGACGCUGAGCAUCCCCGGGGCUCGGCCCGGAGACUCCGGCUACUACAACUGCACCGCCAUCAACAACGUGGGCAACCCUGCCAAGAAGACCGUCAACCUGCUGGUGCGAUCGCUGAGGAACGCCACCUUCCAGAUCACCCCGGACGUGAUCAAGGAGAGCGAGAGCAUCCAGCUGGGCCAGGACUUGAAGCUGUCGUGCCACGUGGACGCGGUGCCCCAGGAGCGGGUGUCCUACCAGUGGUUCAAGAAUGGGAAGGCGGCCCGGGUGACGGACCGCCUGCUGGUCACCCGCAAUGACCCCGAGCUGCCCCCCGUCACCAGCAGCCUCGAGAUCAUCGACCUGCGCUUCAGCGACUACGGCACCUACCUGUGCGUGGCCUCCUUCCAAGGCGCGCCCUUGCCCGACCUCAGCGUGGAGGUCAACAUCUCCUCCGAGACAGUGCCCCCGACCAUCAGCGUGCCCAAGGGCCAGGCGGUAGUGACGGUGCACGAGGGUUCUCGGGCGGAGCUCCAGUGCGAGGUGAGGGGCAAGCCCCGGCCACCGGUGCUGUGGUCUCGGGCCGACAAGGAGGCCGCCCUGCCCUCCGGGGCCGCCGUGGUGGAGACCCCGGACGGGAAGCUGCGGCUGGACAGCGUCAGCCGAGACAUGAGUGGCACCUACCGAUGCCAGACCGCUCGCUACAAUGGCUUCAACAUCCGGCCUCGAGAAGCCCAAGUCCAGCUCAAUGUGCAGUUCCCUCCGGUGGUGGAGCCCAACUCCCAGGACGUGCGGCAGGGCCUAGGCCGUCCCGUGGCGCUGCGAUGCUCCCUGCUCCAGGGCAGCCCCCUGCGCCUGGCCUCCGCCGUUUGGCGCUUCAACGGGAGGCUGCUGGCCCGGCCUCCACCCGAGGCCCAGGACUUCUCCGAGCUCAGACUGGACGCCGUCACCCGCGACAGCAGCGGCAGCUACGAGUGCAGCAUCUCCAACGACGUGGGCACGGCCGCCUGCCUCUUCCAGGUCUCCGCUAAAGCCUACAGUCCGGAGUUUUACUACGACACUCCCAACCCCACCCGUAGCCAAAAGCUCUCCAAAAACUACUCCUACGUGCUGCAGUGGACGCAGAAGGAGCCCGAUGCCGUGGACCCCAUCUUGAGCUACCGGCUGGACGUCAGGCAGCUGAACCUGCGGAGCACGGUGACGCGGCCCAUCCCGGUGAGGCGCGUGGAGAAGGGGCUGCUGCUGGAAUACGUGCUGGCCGGCCUCAAGGUGCCCCACAGCUACGAAGUGCGGCUCACCCCCAUCACCAGCUUCGGGGCCGGGGACGGGGCCUCCCGCAUCAUCCGCUACCUGGAGCCGAUCAACUCUCCGAACCUGGCAGACAACACCUGUCACUUCGAGGACGACAAGAUCUGCGGCUACACCCAGGACCGGGGGGACAACUUCGACUGGACGCGGCAGAACGCUCUGACCCAGAAUCCCAAGCGCUCCCCCAACACGGGGCCCCCCACGGAUAUCAGCGGCACCCCCGAAGGCUACUAUAUGUUCAUCGAGGCCUCGCGGCCACGGGAGCUAGGAGACCGGGCCCGCCUGGUCAGCCCCGUGUAUAACGUGAGCGCCAAAUUCUACUGCGUCUCCUUCUUCUACCACAUGUACGGCAAGCACAUUGGCUCGCUCAACCUGCUGGUCCGUUCGCGGAACAAGGGCCCCUUGGAGACCCACGCCUGGUCGCUGAGCGGAAACAAGGGCAACUCCUGGCAGCAGGCCCACGUGCCCAUCAGCCCCAACGGCCCCUUCCAGAUUAUCUUUGAGGGGGUGCGCGGCUCCGGGUACCUGGGAGAUAUCGCCAUUGAUGACGUCACCCUGAAGAAGGGCGACUGUCCCAGGAAGCAGAUUGACCCAAACAAAGGGGUGGUCUCGCCCAGCAGGGCCGGGUCCUGCCCACCCAGUCCCCGGUUGGGCAGCCUGCUGGCCGUCGUCCUCUGCUCGCUGCUGAGAUGACCGCCGCCGCCGCCGCCGCCGCCCGGCCCGGCUCCCGCUCCCCCGCCACCGCCGCCUGGCACACCAAAGUGUCUGCAUCGUACCAAAGACUGAGCCGAGGCCCGCGGGCCCGGGCGGGGUGCCCGGGACUCGGGGUGGCUGGGGAAGGGGCCCACUGGUGGCUGGACUGAAGAGGAGGAGGAGGAAGAUGACGACGACGAGGAGGUCAGGCCUCGCAGGAUGAGCGGCUGGCCGCAGACGUUGUUUCGCAUACAUGCACAUGCAUAUACACACACACACAAGAACACACACACACACACACACACACACACACACACACACACACAACUAUCUGUUAAAGCACAAGUUUCUAUCCGAACUGCCAGCACCUUCUUUCCCGUGGAGAGGCCGGCCCGCCCCCACUGCCACGGUUCUCCCCGCAUCCCGUGGACCACGGCUGCAGAAGCAGAGACCUCAGAGGGACUGGAUUCAGUCGUCAGGGGGGCCCUCCGGGCCCUCGUCCCCGCCGUGAAUUGCCCCCCGACCAGACUGCCCGCCCCACUUCUCCCGCCCGAGGCCCGGACUCGCCCCCGAGUCGCUGCUGGGACCGCAAGCGGGCCUAGGGGCCGAUCAGGAGAGAUCGCCCCGCUCCAGCCUCUGCCAAGAAGCCCCCUCCCCACCCUCGUCCAUGCGUGUGCUGAGUUUCAGGGUGCUCAGAAGAGGGGACCCCCCCAACCCCGCACAAGAGAAGUGGGGCCCGGGGAGGGAAGUCGGAAGUCUGCAUUCGUUAUCCGGGCUACUUCCGCCCAAUCUCCCCAUCAUGGAACUGAGGGACGCCGGCUACUGGAACUCCUGGAUAAUCCCAAACCCCCUGGAGUCUGCAAACGCAUCUCCCCUCCUCUCUGCCCUCUCCCAGUGCUGCUCCCAAGGGCUAACGGGGAGGGGGGGGGGGUCUGUGCUUCUCCUUCUCUCUCCCCCCUCAACUCCCACACCUCCAAGGGGUUGCUAAGCAAGGAAAUGGCCUGGAAGAGGGAAGCAAGAGGGAGGAGAAGGAAGAUAACACACGACUGUCUCCUCAGCCUCUGGAUGAUUGACAGCCGGUGAGAUGUACCCCCACGGAAAGGAGAAGUGUCGGGCUUAUUCCAAACCCAACCCCUGCCCGAUUCACAGAUACUAGACCCUCUGAGAGGGACUCAUCUCCCCACCCCUUCCUAAUAAUAGUAUUAAUAAUGAUCAUGGUAUUU